AUGCAAGGAUUCUCCGACCCCUCGCCGCGCAUCUUCACCAGAUCUCCAGGACCUGAGCUCCAACGCGGCCGGGAGAACCGUAUUGUAAUCUACCCCGGAUGUUUCAAUCCACCACAUGCAGGUCACGCCGCGCUUCUCUGGCACACCUAUCUAAACACGGAUGCGAAUACCAUCGCAGUCAUGAUCUUUGCUCUCAGUGACGACUGUCUAGAUUUCAAAGAUCAUGUUACUGACAACAAGGGUAAAGCGUUCAUACUCUCGCACUACCAGCGCCGCGAACUCUGGAAAGACGAGGUGCUAGGGAGAUUCGCGUGGGUAUUCCCAGAGGACGAUGACGACAGGUUGGACAUGUUUAUGGCAACAGUCAAGCGGUUAGCGAAGUUGGGUGGCUUCAAAGUCUCCUUUCCAACGCUGUACGGAGGCGACCACAUCACCCAGAAGAGUAUGGCCAACGGACUGUGGGGUUGGGAUGGCAGGACGUGCGUUAGCAGCGAUGUCACACGACCCAUGGACUUUGUGCCUGAAGACGGCAGUGGCCUGCUACAGUUGGAAGAAUGUGAGAAGUGGAAAGAGAUGAAGAACGAAGGCCAAGAAUGGACAGGCAAGGAUAAUGCAACUCCAGAUUGCUGGCCGUGCUGGCCGUGCUGGCCUUGCGCCAAGAUGCGCAAGGUCUUCCCUGAGGGUGUCCUGAAAAAUGGGUCGUUCUCGUUCGACAUAAGGGCUUCAAAGCACCCGCUCGCGACUAUCUUAGCCCAUUGUCACUUCACCAAGAACACACUUCAGUGGACACGCUUGACCCGCAAACGCGGCUACAUCAUCUUCAUCCCUAGCAAUCGGAACGCCAAUCCUCCUUCUCCUACGGCUUGUCCCACAAUCAGUGCCACGGCGAUCCGAGAGUCACUUCUGAAACUUGAAGUAGCGACGCAGCAGUUUCGCGACGAGAUCAACUACACGGUACCAAACGGUGCCUUGCUUUGCAUAUACAUGGGCUUGGACCGUCUUUGGAAGGACAACGGAACCUAUGAGCAGUUGAUAGGCGGCAAGCGUUGUGAGGACGAUUUAUGGUUGGAAAAACUGAGGAAGAAGCAAGCACACGAGGAUGGAAAUAAGCUAAGGCGAAGGUCGUCAUCUCUUUGA